UUUCAGAUUGGAGCAUAUGAUCAACAAAUAUGGGAAAAAUCAGUAGAACAGAGAGAAAUAAAGUUUAUUAGACUGGGUUUGAGAAACAAACCAAAGAAAACAGGACAUGUGAAACCAGACCUCAUAGAUGUUGAUCUUGUAAGAGGAUCUGCUUUUGCUAAAGCAAAACCUGAAAGUCCUUGGACAUCUCUGACCCGCAAAGGAAUUGUGAGAGUUGUUUUCUUUCCGUUCUUCUACAGGUGGUGGCUACAAGUGACAUCAAGGGUCAUUUUUUCCUGGCUGCUUGUUCUUUACCUUCUCCAAGUUGCUGCUGUAGUGCUAUUCUAUACAGCCCAAAGCCCACAUAAUAUACCUCUGACUGAAGUCAUUGGGCCAAUAUGGCUCAUGUUGCUACUUGGGACUGUGCAUUGUCAGAUUGUUUCAACACGAACUCCUAAGCCACCUCCCAGCACAGGGGGUAAAAGAAGAAGGAAAUUAAGGAAAGCAGCACAUUUGGAAGUACAUAGGGAAGGAGAUGGCUCUAGUACCACAGAUAACACACAGGAGGGAACAGUGCAGAGCUACGGUACAAGCACCUCUUGCAGUAUUGGCGCUGUCUUCAGAGAUAUCUGGCAUGCUGCUUUCUUUUUAUCAGGAUCUAAGAAGGCAAAAAGCUCAAUAGAUAAAUCCACUGAAACUGAUAAUGGCUACGUGUCCCUUGAUGGGAAAAGGACAGGGAAAAGCAGUGAAGAAUGUGUUCAGGCCCAUGAACGGCGAUGUGAAGUGCUUAGGCCAGAGGAGUCAGGGUGGAGCACUGCAACAGCCAGAGAUGUCUUCAGCAAUCACAGUCAUCAAAAGGAUACUCACAGAACUGUGACAAAUUUAUCAGAUGAAGUUUCUAGUGAGGAAGGGCCUGAAACUGGAUACUCUUUACGUCGGAAUGUCGAACGCACUUCAAGUGAUUGUGCACUGCGAAACAGGAAAUCUCACCAUUAUAAGAAACACUAUCCUCUGGAGGAUACACCUAAAUCAGGUACUAGCUGCAGUUCUCGGUGUUCAAGCUCCAGACAAGAUUCUGAGAGCACGAGGCCAGAGUCAGAGACUGAAGAUGUGCUGUGGGAGGACCUUCUGCACUGUGCUGAGUGUCACUCCUCCUGUACCAGUGAGACAGAUGUGGAAAGCCCUCAAGUGAAUCCAUGUAUGAAGAAAGAAUACAGAGAUGACCCAUUUCAUCAGAGUCAUUUGCCUUGGAUCCACACUUUGAAUCCAGGACUAGAAAAAAUAAGCGCAAUUGUAUGGGAGGGUAAUGACUGCAAGAAAGCAGAUAUGUCUGUGCUUGAAAUCAGUGGUAUGAUAAUGAACAGAGUGAACAGCUACAUACCAGGAAUUGGUUAUCAGAUUUUUGGGAAUGUCAUAUCUCUAAUCUUGGGUUUAAUGCCCUUUGUCUUUCGACUUUCCCAAGCUAAAGAUUUAGAACAACUAGCAGCACAUUCUGCCAUGGAACUGUGCACGACUGCAUUUGGGUCAAAUGGAGACAUUCUGGUUCUCUCAAUGGUUAUCAUCAGUUUUGUGGUCCGUGUGUCUCUAGUGUGGAUUUUCUUUUUUCUGCUCUGUGUAGCAGAGAGGACAUAUAAACAGAGACUACUUUUUGCCAAACUUUUUGGUCAUCUAACAUCUGCUAGAAGGGCAAGAAAAUCAGAGGUUCCUCACUUCCGCUUGAAGAAAGUACAGAAUAUAAAAAUGUGGCUUUCUCUCAGGUCCUAUCUAAAGCGUCGAGGUCCUCAACGCUCAGUUGAUGUAAUAGUUUCAUCUGCCUUCCUACUGACUAUCUCAGUUGUGUUUAUCUGUUGUGCACAGCUGCUUCACAUGCACGAGAUCUUCCUUGAUUGUCACUAUAAUUGGGAACUCGUAAUUUGGUGCAUUUCUCUAACUCUUUUUCUCUUAAGAUUUGUUACUCUUGGAUCUGAAACCAGUAAAAAGUACAGCAAUACCUCAAUAUUACUUACUGAGCAGAUAAACUUGUACUUGAAAAUGGAGAAAAAGCCUAAUAAGAAGGAGGAACUGACACUAGUGAACAAUGUUUUAAAGCUUGCUACUAAGCUAUUGAAGGAACUGGACAGUCCCUUUAGGUUAUAUGGGCUUACAAUGAAUCCACUGCUUUACAACAUCACCCAGGUUGUCAUCCUGUCAGCUGUUUCUGGUGUCAUCAGUGACUUGCUUGGAUUUAACCUAAAGCUCUGGAAGAUCAAAUCUUGACAGUGUAGAAAGAAGAUGAAAUAACCCAGUGUUACAGAAAAGCUCAUUGAUGGACAAAACUGCCUCAAAGCAGCCACUGAAUCUGUAUUUCAGACCUCUUCAAGGAUGU